GCCGCGCCGCCGCCCCGCCGCGCCGCCCCGCGCCCAGCCCGAUGCCCGGCGGCGGGCGGAGGUGAAGCAGCGAGCGGGCGCUGGAUCCUCCCGGCCGCGGCCCCCGGGGCCCCGGGCACGGAACAAAGGGCCAUGGCCGAGGGGGCCCCCGCUCAGGCGCCGGAGCCGGUGCGGCCGCCGCGCUGCCCCUCGCCCCUCCGGCCAGCGGCCGGCCCCGAGCGCACCUCGGAGCGGGAGACGCAGACGGCAGAGCUGUCCCUGACCGUGGUGGCGGCCGUGCAGGCGGUGGAGCGGAAGGUGGAUUCCCACUCCACCCGCCUGCUCGACCUGGAGGGUCGGACGGGGAUGGCGGAGAAGAAGCUGAUCGACUGUGAGAAGACGGCGGCGGAGCUGGGGAACCAGCUGGAGAGCAAGUGCGCGGCGCUGGGCACCCUCAUCCAGGAGUACGGGCUGCUCCAGCGGCGCCUGGAGAACAUGGAGAACCUCCUGAAGAACAGGAACUUCUGGAUCCUACGGCUGCCCCCAGGCAGGAAGGGGGAAGUCCCCAAGGUGCCGGUGACCUUUGAUGACGUGUCCGUCUAUUUCAAUGACAAGGAAUGGGAGAAGCUGGAGGAGUGGCAGAAGGAGCUGUACAAGAAUGUGAUGAAGGGGAACUACGAGUCUCUGAUCUCCCUGGACUAUGCAAUUUCCAAACCUGGUGUUUUGUCUCAGAUCGAGCAAGGGGAGGAAUCACGGGGCAGGAAUGAGCAGGACCUGGAGGAGAGUGAGAUCAUUACUGAUGCCACGGCAGCUGGAAUAAGGGUUGUGAUCAAAACGGAGGAGCUCCUUCCUGAAGACAGCCCUGAGAACCCCGAGCUGCACGGGAUGUCGGGGCAGUCCGAGGGCAGCUUCCAGAGCCCGGAUGAGGAGGCAGCUUGUGAGAGCCCCUACGGCUCCGUGUCCCCACCCAGGGACCUCCCGGGCACCAGCCUGGGGGACUCAUCUGAGUAUGGAGCCGACUUCAACGAGAUCCAGAGGGUCAUCGUUCACCACGGGAGCUGCACAGAGGAUGGGAUUGUGAUCAAGACGGAGGAAGAGGAGGAGGAGGAGGAUGACCCCGACACGCUGGAGCCGUGUGCCAUGUUCUCGGGCCGGAGCGAGCCGCCGGCGUUCCCCAGCCACGAGGCCGGGCUGGGCUGCGAGGCGCAGUGCAGCUCCAAGGCGCAGCCCCGCAGCCUGGCCGCCCGCGUCAGGAAACCGUCGGCCUGCGAGAGGGACUCCGGGGACAUGAAGCCGGCCAGCGGCCAGCAGCGGAACCGGACGCGGGAGAGACCCUACAUCUGCCCCGAGUGCGGGAAGAGCUUCAUGCUCAAGAUCAACUUCAUGAUCCACCAGCGCAACCACCUCAAGGAAGGGCCCUACGAGUGCCACGAGUGCGACCUCAGCUUCCGCAACAAGCAGCAGUUCCUGCUGCACCAGCGCAGCCACACGCGCCGCGGCGUGGGGGUCCCGCGGCGCCCCGAGCACGGCCUCAAGCCCCCGGCGCGGCCCCCGCCCCCGGGGAAGCCCUACAAGUGCUCCGAGUGCGAGAGCAGCUUCAGCCACAAGUCGAGCCUCAGCAAGCACCAGAUCACCCACGUCGGGGAGCGGCCCUUCACCUGCGGCGAGUGCCGGAGGAGCUUCCGCCUGCAGAUCAGCCUGCUCAUGCACCAGAGGAUCCACGCCGGCAAGAACGAGAUGGCCUUCCUGUGCCCCCAGUGCGGCAAGAACUUCACCCGGCCCUCCCACCUGCUGCGGCACCAGCGGACUCACACCGGCGAGCGGCCCUACCAGUGCAGCCAGUGCGAGAAGACCUUCAGCGAGAAGUCCAAGCUCACCAACCAUUACCGCAUCCACACGCGGGAGCGCCCGCACGCCUGCGCCGUCUGCGGGAAGGGUUUCAUCCGCAAGCACCACCUCCUGGAGCACCAGCGCAUCCACACGGGCGAACGGCCCUACCACUGCACCGAGUGCGGCAAGAACUUCACGCAGAAGCAUCACCUCCUGGAGCACCAGCGGGCGCACACCGGCGAGCGGCCCUACCCCUGCACCGAGUGCACCAAGUGCUUCCGCUACAAGCAGUCGCUCAAGUACCACCUGAGGACGCACAUGGGAGAGUGAGGGGCUGCCGAGGCUUCCUCUCCCUCCCUCCCUCCAUCCCUCCCUUCCUACUCGUCCUCCUUCUCCUCCACUGAUCUCUCCCACCCUCCCUCCAUCCAUCCCCCCCCACCCCGGCUCAGGGCAUGGACAUCAAGGAAGCUUUGUGUGGUAGCGCCGCUGGUCUGGUGGAGACUCGGCUGAUUGGAAAUAAAUUAAUGAAUUAAAGCAAGCAACGCGCGGCAAAAUUAAAAGAUUAUAUAUAUAUAAAAUUAACAGAAGCAGCUGAUUUAGGGGGAAUCCUCACCAACAAGCAAACCACCGACAAAAGAAACCUGUACACAGGGUGUUUUGCCAGAGUAGGACUCGUAACUGCUUUUUAAAUCUACUGUUUGGUUUUUUUUAAUAAAUGUGGAGGAACUUUUAUUUGAUAAGCAACCUUAGGAUGGGCAAGAUUUUAUUUUUCGUUUUGGUUUUUUUGUUUGUUUGUUUCUUCUUGGUUGUUUUUUUUUUUUUUUGUUAACUGCUCUGUAGGCUGAUUCUGGCACAGUCACUUUUUGUCCAGGAGCUCUGUGGAGGCGCUGCCCGUCCGGGCUGGAUGCGACAGGAGGAGCUCCAGCCGGGGGGAGGUGAGUAAUUAACAGAUGCAGCUGAUGAGGAAGUUCUGCGUGUGUCUAGAUUGGAAACGCUGAUAGGUGCCUGCCCGGCUCGCGGGGCUGUGAUGCACUCCUGAAUUAUACAAUAGAAUAAAAUUCUAGUUGCAGUAAAAGAUCCUUUUUCUGGUAGGACCCCUCCGCAAGGCUCCUCCAAACACUCGUUCCUAGUUCAGUCCUGCCACCGGGGGCAUUGGGGUGCUGUGGGUGUGCCCAUGGGGUGCUGUGGGGUCUCCAGGAACAGAGCAAAGCCUUGUUGUGUUUACCUGCUCUGCUGUCCUUGAGCUGCUGCUGGUGGCAUUGUUCACAUGCUCCUCAAUGGCAGGAGAGGCAGAAUUCCUGCCCAGGCGAGGAGCAGCUCCAGGAUGGCUCCAAGGAAAGACCUCCCCGUCCCUGGGCACCUCCUGCCAGGGUGGGUGGGACAUGAUCCAUCUGUUGGUCUGAGCCCCUGUUUGUACCAGCUCGGUUCCUGGUGAUCCGAGCUGUCACCUGGCUGGGUGAGAUCCAUCCAAAGGGCUGGGCUGGGGCUGGGGUGGUGGCACCAGCUGGGCUGGGGUGGUGGCACCAGCUGAGGCUCCAGUGGUGACACCAGCUGGGUUGGGGUGGUGGCAUCAGCUCCUCAGAGCACACCAGGCUCCAUCCCGGUGCUGUCAGAUCUCGUGUUGGACAGUGGCAUCAAUAAAGAGCGAUGAUGGGAGAAGUUGUUGGGACCUGUUAAUGGCUUUGCAGAACCAGUCCUCAUCCAGGACUUUCCUGGUGUGUGAACCCCUCCUAAGUUGGGAUUUAUGGCCUCUUCUGUGCUAGGAAGUGCCAGAGGGCAGCGCAGCCACGUGGAGCUGCUGAGAGCCGUCAGCUGGUCACCGCUGUGGGUGGGAGCAUUUUGGGGCUGCCAGGACAGGCUCCUGCCAAGGUUCCUGCCUUCCCACUGCUGGGGUUGUGCCUGCAACUCCCUGGAAGAAGUUUGAGGUUUCAGGUCAGGGUGUGAUGUCUGACAGGAGUUGACACUUCCACCUCUGGAAGUUGGCCAGGUUGGACAAGGCUUUGAGCAACCUGAGAUAGUGUUCCUGCCCUUCCAGGGAAGUGGAACAAGAUGAGCUUUGAGGUCCCUUUCCACCCAAACCAUUCUGGGAUUCCAUGAGAAGUGCUGUGGUGGGGCUGAUGUCCUGGCAGGGAGGUGUGGGAGCAAGAGGGGAGGGCCUGGCUGCAGCCCUGUGUCCCUCAGCAUCCCUGCAUCCCCCUCACCAGGACUAAAUACAAUUAUGGAGAAGAAGGAAAUGAAAAGCAGAACUGAUUCUGCUACUCAGCGGCUCAUGUCCGUCACACUGGCAGCGACACAGACCUGGCAGAAUCCUUUUUUCUUCCUAAAAAUAGAUGAAUUCAGCUUUUUAUUGGCAAAAAAGAAGCUGAGGUGCCUGGCUGUCCCCCGCAGUGCCAGGACCUCGGUGUGGCCAGGCUGGCAAUGCCCGUGCUCUGCUCUGUGUCGCUGGGCCCCACACAGCAACUCCUGCCCCUUGUGCUGCUCCUCACCCAGCACACACGGAUCUAACAGCCUCAGUCGCUGGACACUGCCAGGAUUUAACAACAUCCUGGUGACCUUGAGCAGCUCAAAUGUCACCGAUCCGUCUGCAGAGACAGCUCCCGUGCCAGUGGGACAACACGGCCAUCGUAGCCCUGAGUGCAGGUGGCAGUGACUCUGAAAACCACAGUGGUGGCAAUUAAGAGCAUUGUCCCAUGGUGGGACACUUAACUUGACAGCUCCUGUCCUGCAGCUUGGGCUGGUGACACCCAGCCUUCCCUGGCCUGGGGUGCUGGAAGAACUGGACACAGAUGUACCCAGACAGCAGCUCCAGGAACAGGGGAUGAGCAGGAGCCACUGCUGUCCCCACCUGGGUAUGAAUGAGCAGUGUACCCCCGGGCAGCACCCCACAGGCUCCAGAUGAGUGGGGACAUCAGGCUGUCACCCCGGGGUGCUGCAGGGACAGUGGGCAGGGGGCUGGAAGCACGACCUGGGAGCCACCGGGGCAGGGAAGCUGGCAGUGGGGUGGCAGGGAUGCUCAGCAGGGCACGGCCAUGGCAGUCACUGCCUGCAGAGGGAUUCGUUCGACUGCUUUGUGGUGCCCCCGAAAACACUCCUUGGGCCCCGGCUGGCAGCACGUGAGGAUGGAGGAGGAGCAGAACAGACGGCUGAAUACGGGGACUUGGUUUUGGGCACCCAGCACCCUCCGGCACUGAGCCCACGGCAGCAGCACAGAAGGGACAAUCUGGAGCCGCAGCAGGCAGAGAAACACGAGGCAGCUCGAGGGGCUCUGCUUCCUUAAGCGCUGCUGCUGCUGCUGCUGCUGCUGCUCUCCGGGUGUUUUGGAGCUGGGGUGAGAGUGAAGGAGACGCUGGGAGAGGCAGCCAUGCGGUGCGGGGAUGGAGGCUGGAGCCUUCCUGCCCGGGAGCAGCCGGGGCUUGGGGGGAUUUCAGGCGAGCGGGCCGGGGCCGGCAGCGCAGGGCGGCAGCACGGGAUUACCCUCGGCUCCCGCACGGCGCAGCUGCCGCCCCGACACAAUCCCUUAAAACUGCAUUAACCACUGCAUUAACCCAGCCCGGGUGGCCGGGGAGCGGCUCCGGCGAGAGCCAGGCCCCGGGAAGGAUCCCAGUGCAAGGCCUGGGGAAGGGAUUCCCGACCCGCCGCCAGGGCCGAGCCAGGGCGAAGCUCCCGGACGCGUUCCAGGUUAUUAAUGACUGAAUUAAUUUAAGCCGAGCAUCCGCGGGCGCUGGCAGCACCGUGCCCCGGGGGAAGGCUGGGAUGAAGGCUCGCACCCUCUCCCCAGCCCUCCCCUGCUGCUGCAUCGCCGCUCGCGUGGGCUGCCCACGGGCACGCCUGUGCAGCCACGGGCACACACAGCGAGCCCCGAGCCCCUGUCCCACCUCGGGGUUUUCCUUCUCCUUCCUCCCCUGCUUGCACACACGGACACGCGUGUGUGUGUUCUGAGAUCCAGGCACAGGAAUAUGCACAGGGAGAGACGGGGUCGCUCCCACGCGUACACACACACCCCCAGAGGCACACACACACACGUGUGUGAUGUGUGACACGGAUGUACCCUGGCGCACACACACGUGUGUGUAAUAACACGGAUAUGCACACUCACACUCUUACACACCCAGCAGCGCC